CGAGGCAAGGCUAGAUCAACCCGGAUCUCUGCAGAUAGAGCCGUGCGAUGCGAUUCUCCUACCAUUCGAAAAUGCAUACCCACGAUCAGCCAAAGAUGAAGACCUGGCAUUCGGUAUGGCCACGUCUUUGGUUCGUCUAAGUCAGAGCGUCGACUCGAUUGCUCAUUGGGCCUCUGACCGGGACACACUCCUCGUCGUGGUGAUCGAAGACUACAUCGGGCAUGAGGACGAAGUCGCCGACCUGCUUGCACAGUUUCACAGCCUCAAGAUCAACGCCAUCUUCAUACCGCCCAUCGCCAGCAACCAUUCCAUGUCUCAAUCACAUUUUGCAGUUCUCAGCAAGAUGCUCGCCGAAAGCGGGCCGGAGACAAAGUGGUUCGCUCUGCUUGACGACGACACCUUCUUUCCGCACCUGGAGCCUUUAUCCACUACACUUGACUCUCUUGACCACGAGAAUAAAGAUCUUUAUGUUGGCGGGCUGACGGAGGACUGGGGCUCCCUCACGCGAUUCGGUGUCAUGGCCUAUGGUGGUGCUGACGUGUAUCUCUCUGCACAUCCGGCCAGGAAGAUCAGGAAUCUAGACCAAGCGUUACAGUGCAUCGAGGAGUCCCCGCCACAGUUAGGAGACGUUAUCAUCCGAGACCGUGUCUACCGCCACACUGGGGCGCGGCUGACCGUACUGCCAGAUCUAUAUCAACAUGAUUUGCUGGGCGACCUGCGCGGCUUUUUCGAAUCUGGCGUUGAGCCUUUGAACUUGCACCACUGGAAAAGCUGGUACAGCGAACCUGUAGUUUCCAUGGCGCAGGCGACGAACUUUUGCGGGAACUGCUUCCUUCAACGAUUCAUCUUUGGCAACGAUACUGUCCUUAGUAAUGGCUACUCGAUCACCGUGUACCCAAAGGGUGUGGAUUCGCUUGAUCUGAACAAGAUAGAGCGAACAGGGGCAACGUCUAUGCAGGCAAGGACCCGAAGUACGAGUACAGCAUGGGGCCGCUGCGCGACAGGGUGCCCGACAGUGAUCACAAAACGUACUACCUCAAAUACACGGAAGUCAGGGCAGAUCUCAUGAGACAGCUGUAUGUGUGGAAAGGAGUUGAAGACCGUGGAGUGCCUGACGAAGUUGUCGAGC